AUGGCUAAGUUAAUCACCGUUUUUAUUUUUACGUUCUUAAUCACUGCUUUUGCUGCGAGACGCCUUUUUAAUCAGAAGCAAAGUUGUUUCAAGCCGGCGCCCAGGAAACCCGACUUCGGGGUGAAAACUGCAGCUCAACCCCAUGAACUUCUGAGCCUUGCAGAGCUUCCAAAGUCCUGGGACUGGAGGAACGUGAACGGCAUCAACUACGCCAGUACAACCCGGAACCAGCACAUCCCUCAGUUCUGCGGCUCCUGCUGGGCUCAUGCCAGCACUAGUGCAAUGGCAGAUCGCAUCAACAUUAAAAGGAGAGGAGCGUGGCCAUCUGCUUAUCUAUCUGUCCAACAUGUAAUCGACUGUGCGGAUGCUGGCACUUGUUAUGGAGGGGACCACGGGUUAGUGUGGGAGUAUGCCCAUAAACACGGCAUCCCUGAUGAGACGUGCAACAACUACCAGGCAAUAGACCAGAAAUGCAACCCAUUCAUAGAGUGUGGGACUUGUACAGGUUUUGGCAUGUGCAACUAUGUGCAGAACUAUACUCUAUGGAAGGUGGGCGACUAUGGGGCUAUCAACGGACGGGAGAAUAUGAUGGCUGAAAUCUACAUUCAUGGACCAAUCAGCUGUGGAAUUAUGGUCACAGAUGCGUUUGAAGCAUACACUGGAGGUCUGUACUCAGAAUAUGUUGAGCUCCCUGGCAUUAACCACGUUGUGGCAGUAACUGGCUGGGGAGUUGAAAAUGGCACUGAAUACUGGAUUGUGCGCAAUUCCUGGGGAGAGCCGUGGGGUGAAAAGGGCUGGGCUAAGAUUGUGACAAGUACCUACAGAGGAGGAAGUGGAAGUAAAUACAACCUUGCUUUGGAGGAAGACUGCACGUAUGGAAAUGUGAUUGUACCAGAAAACUACUAA